CUUACUGUGGCUGCUAUUUUGAAUUUUUGGCCAACAUAAGAAAUUUUGCUGUAUGGUUCUGCUGUUAGCAGACGUGUGUUGGCUGUCAAUCACAACAAUGCUUCUUCGUGGCCAAGAACUUGCACUAUUAAUAUGCGCACAAAACCAGCAAAAGAAGUGCCUUGAAGAAGUUAUCUAAGAAACACCAUUACUUAUUAGGCUGAAAGUACAUCUUCACACGCGUUCAACCAGCAAGAUGAAGCUGACUCCGAGAGAGCUAGAAAGUCUUGUCGUUUACCAGGCAGGAUGCUUGGCACAGAAACGGCUUGCCAGAGGUUUACAACUAAACUACCCGGAGGCUGUGGCACUAUUAGCUACGCAGGUACAGGAGUUAGUUCGUGAUGGACUGUCCGUAUCUGAACUCAUGAGUAAAGGAAGGCAAAUGCUUGGCUACAAGCAAGUGCUGCCAGGUGUUGGUGACAUGAUUGAAGAGGUUCAGGUGGAGGCAACCUUUCCCGACGGAACUAAACUCGUUACAGUGCAUUCUCCAAUAUGUCAGCCGGACGGAGAUCUAGAACUGGCUAUGUACGGAUCCUUCCUACCAGUGCCAGAUCUAUCUAUGUUCCGCAAAGAACCCCAGGAGGCAGUGAGUUCCGUUGAUGCCCCGCUCAGCAUCACGCCGGGAGAAUUGAUCAGCGUGGCCGGCGUCAUUGAACUCAACGUUGGUCGUGUCACCAAGACGCUCACUGUCACCAGCGUGUGCGACCGUCCCAUACAGAUAGGAAGUCAUUAUCACUUCAUAGAGACGAACAAGGCACUGGUAUUUGACCGUAGCGCAGCAUACGGGAUGCGACUGAACCUACCAGCGGGAACAGCAAUGCGUUUUGAACCAGGAGAAUCGAAGCAAGUUCCUCUUGUAGAAAUUGAUGGAGAAAGGGUGAUCCGAGGUGGAAAUGGACUCUGUGACGGCAUUGUCGAUCCAGCCAAUCGACUUGCUGAGGUGAUGCGUCGCGUCGAGGCAGGAGGGUUCGGUCAUGAGCCACAGUCUGAUGCAGAUGCAAUAGCCAGCCGGUACCACUGCACGAUGCCGCGCUACCUGUACGCACGCACCUACGGCCCGACCGUCGGAGACAAGCUGCGGCUUGGCGACACAAGUCUCAUCGUGGAGAUUGAGCGGGAUUUCACCGUCUAUGGCGACGAAUGCAAGUUUGGAGGUGGCAAGGUGCUGCGGGAGGGAAUGGGACAGGCUGCUGGUGUGACAAACAACGUGGCUCUUGACACGGUGAUCACAAACGCUGUCAUCAUCGACGCAGCCACAGGCGUGCUGAAGGCAGACAUUGGCAUUAAAGAUGGAAAGAUUGUCGGUAUUGGGAAGGCAGGCAACCCUGAUGUCAUGGGAGGUGUCAUGCCUCACAUGGUUGUGGGUGUAGGAACUGAGGCGAUCGCUGGUGAGGGCAUGAUCGUGACGGCCGGAGCCAUCGACUCACACAUCCACUUCAUCUGCCCGCAACUUGCACGUGAGGCCAUCGCGUCGGGCAUAACGACAAUGCUAGGGGGUGGCACCGGUCCAGCAACAGGAACAAAUGCGACCACCUGCACUCCGGGGCCAAACCACGUGAGAGCCAUGAUUCAGGCGACCGAUCAGUUUCCUCUGAACUUUGGCUUCACAGGAAAGGGAAACACCUCGUCUGUGCAGGAGGUCGUUCCUGAGCUAGAGGAGCAGCUAGUGGCUGGUGCGAUGGGAUUAAAGCUGCAUGAGGACUGGGGAUCAACUCCAGCUGCCAUCGACACCUGUUUGAGGGUCGCUGACAAGAUGGAUAUACAGGUUAUGAUUCACACAGACACGCUGAAUGAGUCGUGCUGCGUCGAGCAAACGAUAGAUGCAUUUAAGGGUCGCACGAUCCACACCUACCACUCGGAGGGUGCCGGCGGCGGCCACGCCCCUGAUAUCAUUAAGGUGUGUGGGGUGGAGAAUGUUCUGCCCAGCUCUACAAACCCCACGCGCCCCUACACAGCCAACACGAUCGACGAACACCUGGACAUGCUCAUGGUCUGUCAUCAUCUCGACAAGAACCUCAAGGAGGAUGUUGCGUUUGCGGAGUCGCGCAUCCGAGCUGAGACGAUCGCAGCCGAGGACAUCUUACACGACAUGGGAGCAAUCAGCAUGAUGGCCUCUGACUCACAGGCAAUGGGUCGUGUGGGAGAGGUGAUAACUCGCUCUUGGCAAACAGCAGACAAGAUGAAGCGGUUUAGAGGGCAGCUGUCGGAGGAGAAGGGCGACAACGACAAUGUGAGGGUUCGCCGAUACGUUGCCAAGUAUACAAUCAAUCCUGCAAUAGGACAUGGCAUGGGACAUAUCAUCGGCUCUGUUGAGGUUAACAAGCUGGCUGAUUUGGUCAUGUGGAAACCUGCUUUCUUCGGCGCUAAGCCCGAAAUAAUCAUUAAAGGUGGACAGAUAGCAUGGGCACAGAUGGGAAUGCCGAAUGCCUCAAUUCCUACACCGCAGCCGGUUAAGCAACGGAAGAUGUUUGGAGCUUACGGCAAGGCAGUUGGAGCAAAUUCCAUCAUAUUUGUUUCCCAGGCGGCAGCUGAGUCUGGAUUGGUGAGAACCUAUGGCAUCAAGAAAAGGAUUGAGGCAGUGAAGAGAUGCAGAGGUCUGAAAAAGUCUGACAUGGUUCUGAACGAUUAUCUUCCCGUGCUCUCCGUUGACCCUCAGACGUACAAGGUUGAGCUGACGGAGGAGGAUGAGCGGCAGCAAGAGGUGAAAACUCACCUCACCUGCCCACCAGCCAAGCGGCUCUCACUGACGCAGCGCUACUUCCUGUUCUAAUCGCCUCAAGGCUGCCACUGAUGCUGCAUACUUCGUAAUCUGAUCAACUCCAGCUUGCCACUGAAGCAGCACCACUUCCUGCCUUAAUCAGCUCCCAGAUGGCACUGUUCUGUUGAAUUGUAUGUUGUUGUUUACAGUACUACUGUUAGACUUCUCCAUGAUGUGUUUGUAAGGAAAUGUUGCGUAACGUGUGUGGUAGUGUGAAGAGAGUGUGCAUGCGUGCGUGCGUGCAUGUACAUGUGUGUGUGCGUGCGUCAGGCGUGUGUGUACGUGCGUGUGCGAGUGAGUGAUUGGAGUUUGUGAUCAGCAUCACAAACAUUUCUCACUUUGCAUUACAUUCAGGAAUUGAGAGAAGCCUCGCCAGUCUGCACCCCACUGAUACGAAUCUUUGCUCACCCAGACCAACUCUAUAACACUAGCAAAGCAUAACCAGGUGCCAUAGUUUGUUUAUCUGCUAAGCAGUGGAAAUGUCUUAGACCAAUAAAUUAUGGCCUAGAAAUUUGUAUGAUCUGACACUAUUCUAGAGUAGUGUCAGAUUAUAAAAAGUUCUAUGGCACUAUUUAUUAGCCUAGAAAUGUUGAAUAAACUUCCAAAUUUUUGCUAAACUUUAGGACACCAUAAAGUGAGUACAGGGAAAAAAAAGUUAAAUAUGUGUUGAUGUUGUAGAGUAGUUAAAGGUAACAGAGAAACUAUGUUUUAUAUUUGUAAUUCACUACUUAUGGGGUUAUUGUGUAUAUGGGUUUAUAUGAGUAGAAUUUUGGAGUGUAUCGACCUGUGGUUAAUAUACGUCAGCUACAUUUCCCUCUGUUUUAUGGUAUGGUUUAUAUUUCAAUUUGUAAUUCACUAUUUACAGGAUUGUGUAUAUGGGUUAAUGUGAGUCGAAUUUUGGAUUGUGUCUAUCCGUGGUUAUCAGUUAUAUGUCUGUCUUUUUACUUCAGUUGUUCAGUUUUUCAUUUAAUCCAGAAAUACCUACCUCCCACUCAAUCCAGAAUCAUGAGCUUACACUAUAAGAUAAAUUAAAUAUAAUGAUAAAUAAUACCUAUAAUAUUAAAUUUCAUGUACCAGCGUAUUGAUACUUGAGCAGUUUCCUGAUAUUCACGUUUACAUUAAAAUCGUUAUCGUAUUUACUCAUGUUAAUCAUUUGUCUAUUAGAAUGUUACACUGCUGGUAACUGACUAUACAUGUUUUACUAUAUUACUAACCAUAUUUUGUAAUUGUUAGAAUUGUUUGUUUUAAUAGAGGAAAAGUAUCUAAUAUAUAUAAAAUCAUGGUCAUCAUGAUUAUAAUGAAUUUCAUGCUGUAAAUAGAAAAUAGAGAAUUUCUAUGACUAGUAUAUGAACACAUAAACAGUUGUAGUAGCUUUGUGGGUGUUUUUUAACCUAUAAGUUUAUAUUAAACAUAUACACAUAUCUGCACCAUUA